ACUGAAAUGGAGAAUCAGAAUACAAAGGAUAAAGUUUUUCAGAAGUUUACAUGGAUCCUUCAAAACCCCUUGUUUAACUUUCCCAACCGGGUAGCAUACUCGAGAAAGUUUACUGUCGAUGGCCAUACAUGGGAGAUUCGUAUCGCUACAAAUUCACCACUGAAAUUAAUCAUUCUUGUGGGUCUUGGUCGACCUUUUCGAUGUGAAAAAAUUGCAAAUUUAAAAUUCAUUGUGAUUAAUCAGCUCAACCACAGAAGGAAUGUAAUGAAAGAAAUAAUUGACACCUUCACUUCAAUUUGUAGCCCUUUGGUUGAAAUUUAUGCUCCUGGUGAUGGGUUCAUCGUGAAUGAUAGUUGUAUAAUUGAAGUUCAUAUAUCUGUUCAUAAGUCAGAGCACGAGAAACAAGUUGAUGAAUCAGUGAGGAACAUUGAUAAUAAGCUUGUCCAAAGCACCGACAAUCUUUCAACAAAGAAAAUGAUAUCAAACUCACCUGGUGAGACCGUAGAUUUUAGGGGCUUAGGAAAAGUAGAUAACGAUUAUAUUCCUUUUUUGGAAGAAGUAUGUUCACGAUAUCCAUCACUUAUUGAUAGUAAGAAGAGAUAUAUUGAAUGGAGUUUUACAACUUUGGGCAGAGUUCUUCAUUUUCUCAAUACUAAAAAAGUUAGAGAAAUGGAUGAUGAUGCUUGCAAUCAUCUGCAAACUUUAUGGGAGGAACUUGAGAAAUGUGAGUUUGAUUUGUCAUGGUUGAAACCUCAAGUGCAAUCUGCCUUGGGAAUGAAAACUUGUGUUGAGAAAGUUCUUGCUGUGAAAAGUUUAGAGGAAAAUGUGAUUACUUUGGAGAAGGAUGUGACUAUUUUGAAGGAAAAUAUAUCUAAUUUAAAGACGGAAGCAAAGACUCUUAAGACCAAAAUGUUUGAAGCAGAAGUAAAACUAGAAAUAACAAGAAGAGAAUUGGUGAAAGCAAAAGAAGGCUUUGAAGAAUGUGAUUUGGAGGCUGAACUUAUAUUUGUCAAACCAUGA